AUGCCCCUCACCCAGGAAGAAUGGGACGAAGUGUCCCAGGACAUACCGUCCACAUCAGACCCUUUCCUUCAGAAAUACCUCGCCGGGCGAGCCAAUCUCAUCGAGCAGGAGAAGGCGUCCCGGUCGGAUGCGGCGUUCCGCGCGUCCAUGACGCCCAUUGCUCGGCGAGCAUGCGCCAUCGUCGACGCCAUUCGCUCGCGCGAGAUGGAGACGACCUGGCGGCCCGGCAGCGGUCAGGUCGACGGCGACAAGGCCGGCAGGAGCACCGUGUUCCCCGGGAUGAUGUUCCCCCUGGCAAAGGAGCGCAUGGAGAGUACCAAGCUGUGGACCAUCAUGCGGCGCAUGCCCAAGGGGGCCCUGCUGCACGCCCACAUGGACGCCAUGGUCGAGUUCGACUUCCUGCUGGAGCAGCUCCUGUCCAUGCCGGGCAUGCACAUGCGCAGCGACAGGCCUCUCGUGGACGCCACGGCCAUGGAGAAUUCCAGGGUCGAGUUUCGCUAUCGCGAGCGGGAAGUGGUGGCGGAUGGGCAGGGCAGCAUGUGGCAGAGCGGAUAUGAGCCGGGACGGUUCCUGCUGCUCACCAGCGUGGCGGACGGGUUCCCUCGGGGGAGAGCAGGGUUCCUGGCCUGGCUCAAGGGGAGGUGCACUCUGCACGUGGAGGAUUCGCACGACCACCAUCUCGGGAUAGAUGCCAUCUGGGAAAAGUUUGCCAGGUGCUUCGUCGUCGUGGCGUCCAUCAUCCACUACGAGCCCAUGUUCCGUGCCUUUCUUAGACGGCUGAUGAGGCAGCUCAAGGAUGACGGUGUAAACUGGGCCGAACUACGCUUUACGUGGCCGCUUAAUUACUGCCGCGAUAGACAGGAGACACCGGAAAAGGACUACGUGCACAUGUUCGAGGUGCUGGACGAGGAGAUCACGCGCUUCAAGGAAUCGCCCGAGGGACAGGGCUUCUGGGGUCUGACGACAAUCUGGACCAGCCUGCGCAGCUCGUCCACGCGGCCUCUGGUCGAGAGCAUGGACCACUGCAUCGCCACCAAGAUGGCCUUCCCGCACCUGCUGGCUGGCUACGACGUCGUGGGGGCCGAGGACCUGGGACGCCCGCUGGUCGACCUGCUCCCGGAACUCUUCUGGUUCCGCAAGCAGUGCGCCCAGGAGGGCGUGAACCUGCCCUUCUUCUUCCACGCGGGCGAGACGCUGGGCGACGGGUCCGACACGGACCAGAACCUGUUCGACGCCAUCCUCCUGGGCACGCGGCGCAUCGGCCACGGCUACAGCCUGUACAAGCACCCGCUGCUCGUCGACAUGGUCAAGGAGAAGCGCAUCCUCGUCGAGUCGUGCCCCAUCUCCAACGAGGUGCUGCGCCUGUGCAGCUCCGUCCUCGCGCACCCCCUGCCCGCCCUGCUGGCCCGGGGUGUGCCCUGCUGCCUGUGCAACGACGACCCGGCCAUGAUGGGCCAGAACACGGCCGGCAUGUCCCACGACUUCUGGCAGGCCAUACAGGGGUGGGAGAACCUGGGGCUCGCCGGGCUCGGAAGCCUGGCCGAGAACAGCGUCCGCUGGGCGUCGUUCGAGGACCAGGAUCAGAGUGCCUGGGUAAAGGGCGUCAGGGAGGCCAGCGCCGGCGAGGGCGUCAAGGCUGAGAGGUUGCGGCAAUGGCAAGUCGAGUGGGAGGCGUUCUGCCUCUGGAUCGUGACCGAGUUUGACGAAGAGCUCGGUCCGGCCGAGGACGACAGGGCAGGAGAUGUGAGCGCCCAGUAG